AUGCCUCCCAAGAGAAAAUCAACCGAGUCCGCCGCUAGUGGUCCAAAAAAGUCCAAGAGCCUAGCAAACAGCUCUGAAGUAGACAUGGAAACCGAGCGCGAACUGAAUAAGCGAUGGGCCCCCGUCUCUGUCUCCCGAAACGCGGCUUCAGAGUUCAAAUUGCGAACCCGAGACCCAGUCAAGGCUUUCUCCUAUAUUUGUCUGGGGCGCGCGCCUUGGAAGACGGAAAGCACAGACGAUGAGUCUGAGGAUGAGGACGAGGAAGAUGAGGAGCUUAUAGAGCAGAAGAAGAAAGAUGAUGCGGAGGCGGACAAAGCCACAGCCCUCGAACCUGCUUCGGAGCACCCGAGAGAGAAAUGGAUCUUCACAAACGCCGGCAUCGCUAAAUGGAUUACGCUGCAGCAAGGUACCAUCGCACGCGACCCGGAUAACUUCGGGAUGUAUGUCUACAAUGACUUCCUUGGAUAUGCAGUUAUGGAGUUGGUGGAGAACCUGCUCCUAGAUUUUGACGAGGCAGCUGGUGACUGGAAGAUGCAGUGGGCCAUCUGUGAAGCGACGGGGCUGUAUUUCCAAACGGAUGCUAUCAUGCCGAUGGUUGGCUGCGAUGACGGAGAGACCGUGAAUGCGGUGUUUAUCGCCUUCGGUACAAUGUUCCUUACUAUGCUUGCUACUCUGGAGCGAAAUGGGCUCUUCAAGCCGGACUCGGAGGUAAAGAACAUCGGAGCCAUGAUCGGUCUGUUCAUUCGCUUCAGUGUUGAUUUCAAAGAGUACGGUAUCGACCAAGGCGACCAUGGCGCGAAGAUUGAGGCUUAUGCUGCUAAGCACGAUGUCACAAUUCAUGGCUUGAACCACCCGCGCUACGAAAAGUCGUCUGAUGAGACGGUUGAGCUUCCCGAGGCCACAGCCAAUGCCAAUGAUCCCUGGGGCUGGGCAAAGGUAUUAGCGAAGCUGAAGAAGGCCAAUGAUGGGCAUCUGGGUGGUGAUUCGAAGGACAUCACGUCUUGGACUCCUGCGGAACGCAAAAAGGUGUCUUUUGACAAGAAGGAUCCCAUUACCCGAAGCGACAUGGCUCAUAUCAAGAAUGGAGGGAUUAUGGAGAUGGGUGGCUGA